AUGGCAAAAAUAAGACAUACAUUGAUCUAUGGCGACAAGGGCGAUAAAGGAGAUACAGGGCCACAAGGAUUACCAGGUCCUCCUGGUCCUAAGGGCCGUGAUGGUAAACCAGGAGUUGAAGGACCACCAGGCCCUCCAGGUCCGCCUGGUCCUCCUGGAUCUUUAUCGAGAUUCGAUGAGUGGACUUUAAGUGAUUCAAUGUAUCAAACUGGUUCAAGUGUAAUGGGUCCUCCCGGUCCAAUGGGUCGACAAGGUCCAAAAGGUGAUAGAGGUCUACAAGGCGAGAAGGGUAUUAAAGGUGAUUUAGGACACAAAGGAGAGUCAGGUCAUCGAGGAGGCAAAGGUUCUAAAGGUGACUCAGGGGAAUCAGGGCCUGCAGGACCAACUGGCCCCAUCGGACCGAGUGGAAACAAAGGAGAGAAGGGUGAACCUGGUGAAUGUCAACAAGCAGUUUCCUUGAGACACUCUCAUCGGUUCGAGAUUGACGAUCCUCAAGAUAUCGAAGAGUAUUCAUAUUCAAUAGUCGGACCAAAGGGUGAUAUUGGUGAACCUGGACCAAUAGGAACACCAGGCACGAAAGGGGAAAAAGGUGACAUUGGUUCUAAAGGUGAUAAAGGUGACCGCGGUGAUGAAGGACCAGAAGGUCAGAAAGGAUUAAAAGGUGAUCAAGGUGAGCGAGGUCCGAUUGGACCUCCAGGAGUAGUUGUCGAUGAAAAGGGAAUGGUCAUCAAAGGUGAAAAAGGAACCAAAGGGGAAAGAGGACGAAGAGGUAAAAAAGGAUUAACAGGUCCAAUCGGUCCUCCUGGUGCUCCUGGAACUGUUGAUAUAUCGCAAAUUUGGAAUCAAAUAGAGGAAAAGAUACAGAAACAACAGCUGGCUGGUCCGAUAAAGAGUGAAAUAAAGGGAGAAAAAGGAGAGCCUGGACUACCGGGACCACCUGGAAUUGUUCAAAAAGAGGAUGGUGUUGUGUACAUAACAGGCCCAAAAGGUGAACCGGGUCCACCAGGUAAGCCAGGAAUGGAUGGAUUUCCUGGUGAACCUGGUCUUAAUGGUGUUCCUGGCGAUCCAGGACUCAAAGGGGAUAAAGGUGACCAAGGUCCUCCAGGUCCACCAGGAAGCUAUGAUGACUUGGAAUCUGCUCUAAAGACAUUGACUUCAUUUAAUAGUCCUGUUGCGAGUCCAGGUCUUCCAGGCCCACCCGGUCCACCUGGUAAAGGCUACCCUGGAUCAGAAGGUCCACCAGGACCGAGAGGAUUUCAAGGUUUGCCUGGGCCACCAGGACCUCCAGGACCACCAGGAGAACUCGAUUUGUCAUGGCUUGAAAACAGUUUAGGUGGACCUAAAGAAGUAAAUCGAGAUCUGAAGGAUAUUAAAUCGUCCAUCAAACAAGCUUCAGAGAUAAUAAGAGGACCUCCAGGACCACCUGGGCCACCAGGUCCUCCUGGGUCAGCCGGACAAUAUGAUUCACAGGAUUAUAAAUCAACAGUCGUGCCUGGAGCUGUAAUCGUGAAAGAUAUGGCCUCACUGAGACGAAUGACAACUAUAAACUCUCCAGGAACACUUUGUUUCAUAACUGAUGAACAAGCACUUUUAAUCAGAGUCAAUGGAGGAUGGCAAUAUGUUUCUCUUGGAUCAAUGGUAGAGACAGAGUCUGAGAAUAGUCAGCCAACAACACCGCAAGUUGCAUUCAAGCCCAGAUUUGACCAAACACUGGACGAUAGGAUUGAAAGAACUCAGAAGAAACUUCGAAUGGUAGCUUUGAACCAACCAUAUUCUGGUGAUAUGCACGGUAUUCGAGGAGUGGAUUAUGAAUGUUACCGUCAAUCGAGACGUUAUAACUUGAAAGGAACAUUUAGAGCCUUUUUGGCCUCAAGGUUACAAAAUCUGGAUAGCAUUGUUCGAAUGCAAGAUGCAAAACUUCCGAUUGUUAACUUAAAGGGCGAGGUACUUUUCAAUUCAUGGCAUGAUUUGUUCAUUGGAUCUGGUGCUCCAUUCCUCUUCCCUCCAAGGAUAUAUUCAUUUGAUGGUCGGAAUGUGCUGGCUGACAGUAACUGGCCUCAAAAGUUGAUAUGGCAUGGUGCCAAUAAACGAGGAGCUCGAGAUGUCGAUUCAUACUGUGAUGCUUGGCAUUCCAACAACCAGCAAAAAUAUGGAUACGCAAGUUCCCUUCUUCAUGGUAAAUUAUUGGAUCAAGAAAAGCAUGAAUGCUCAAGUCAAUUUAUUGUGCUUUGUGUGGAAGCUACAAGUCAAGAAGACAAGCAAUUAGUCCGAGAUAAGCGCGAGAUUGACCCUAAAAUCGAUGAUGCAUAGAGUCACGGGUCUCUGUGGUUAAUCAAACGGAAAUAUCAAACAUUUAAAUCAAUAAUCAUUCCAAAUUUUGAGUUAUAUUCGAUCUGAUGAAGCAAUAAAAUUUUCUAAGUCUAAUAAACGAAUUUCUUUUGAUUAUUCGAA